AUGAAGCCAUAUCCAGCUAAAAGUUUGGAUAAUCCACCCAGGGUAUUUAAUUACAGGCUCUCCCGAUCUCGGAGAUUGAGCGAAAAUGCCUUUGGCAUUGUGGUCCACAGGUUUAGAAUCCUUCAAGUAGCCAUUCCGCUUGAGCCCAAAAAGGCUGAGCUAAUUGUUCUUGCAAUUGUUGCAUUGCACAAUUUUCUCCGCAUAAAGUGUGCCGAGUAUAGUCACUCUGUGGCUGAUUCUGAGAACGCAGCACAUGAGAUGGUACCUGGUGAAUGGCAGAAGAAUCCAAAUGCCCGGUUACCCUCUGUUUUCCUACAAGGAUCCAACAGGAGCUCCACACACGCCAGGGAAAUUAGGGAAGAGUUCCUUGAUUAUUUUAUUACCAAUGGUCAGAUAGAUUGGCAAUGGGAUAUAAUUUAA